AAAAAAAAACAUUUUUCAAUUUCAGAUGAUCAUUUUCGCCGCCUGCGUGGCCACCACACUCGCCCAAUACGCCGCCCCGGCAUACCCAGCGCAUCACGCUGAAGCUGAACACGCAUACGCCCCAACCCCGUACAACUUCGAAUACAGCGUAAACGACCCACACACUUACGACGUGCACAGCCAAUCCGAAUCCAGCGACGGAAACGGUAACGUCAAGGGAACUUACAGCCUUUUGGAAGCCGAUGGUUCCACCCGCGUCGUCGAAUACACUGCCGAUGACCACAGCGGUUUCAACGCUGAAGUCAAGAAAAUCGAAGGACACAGCCAAGGUUACAAGGCACCGUACAGCACACCUGCCCCAGCCUACAAGCCAGCUUACUCCGCACCCGCAUACUCUGCACCCGCUCACUCUGCACCAGCAUACUCUGCACCCGCUCACUCUGCCCCAGCAUACUCUGCACCCGCUCACUCUGCACCAGCAUACUCUGCACCCGCUCACUCUGCCCCAGCAUACUCUGCAUCCGCUCACUCUGCCCCAGCCUACAAGCCAGCUUACUCUGCACCAGCAUACUCUGCACCCGCUCACUCUGCACCAGCAUACUCUGCACCCGCUCACUCUGCCCCAGCCUACAAGCCAGCUUACUCUGCACCAGCUUACUCAGCACCGGCAUACUCUGCACCAGCUUACCCAGCACCCGCACACUCUGCACCAGCUUACUCCGCUCCGGCCUACAAACCAGCAUACUAAUUUAUUUAGUUGAGUACGCUACUUUCCACCAUUUUUCUUUCACAUUUUUUUUCAUGCACCAUUCAACUAUAGUGUUCACCAAUGUGAAUAACCAUGGUUGCUAAUUUAAACAUUUAAACAUUAUUUCAUUCAUGUGUUAAACACUCAGUUUGACUAUUGUAUUUGUUGUGUAAUAAAUGCAUGCAAACAAUAUGUAUUUAUUGUA